CUGCUCAACCCAGACCAGCACCAGGCUGACCCAGACGAUAAGGCCUCCACCUACACCCUGACCAACGUGGUACCCCAGAUCACAGACUUCCUGGAAGAGACCUGGAGCUCCUAUUUGGAUACCGUGCGCCGCCGCCUCAAUAACUUCUGCCGCGGAAAGCAGUCCUACGUGGUAACCGGGGUGACAGUCUCCGGGGCGACCAUACGUCGGGGGAACGAGGACCGCAUGGGGAUCCCCAAACACGUGUGGUUGGCUUACUGUUGCCCACGGUUCGACCGUAACUCUCCCUAUGAGGUGCGUUUCAUGUUCCCUAGCUAUGGUGCCUAUGCACUGAAUGAACAGGAGGACCAUGGAGUCAUGGAGGUGCCUUUAAAGACACUGGAGAGCUUUCUGAAGAAACAAACGGACAUGGAUAGUAAUCUGGCUAUCUUCUACGAGGACUGUGUGUCAGAGAACACCUUCAAAAAGAAGAGGAAGAGAUAGGCCUCUGUGUGUGUGUCUGUUUUAGUUGUUUUACUGUACUUUUAUUUUAUUCACAUUUUAUACUCUUACAAAGUAACUGUCAAUAAUUGUCAUGCACAAUCAAUCAACUGAACUGAAAAUACAACAAAAAGCUCUCGUCGGUCUCAAACGUGUGAGAAACCACAUCACGAAGCAACACUUUUCUUCACACCUCAUAGAAACGCUCUGAACAAAGUGUGCUGCAUGGAACUUAAACCGACAGGACUACAGUAUACUGCUUCAAUGAAAGUACCAUAGUAAGCUACAGCUGUAAUGUUGUAACGUAAUAAAAAAGAUUCUGUUCAAUAUAGUUUCACAGCCAAUAUUUGCAUGGAAUAUGGGACAUACGCGGUGCAGUGUAAAAACAAUGGUAGAGGCCUGGUGCAUGAGUCGACUAGCUAACCACACGUCCAUGGUAACCCAAUGCUUGCACACAGAUAGCGCUGGCUGAAUGAGAGUCACUUCUUUGCAUACUAUCAGUGGGUUUAUGGUUCUCACCAGUUCUAUUCUACAGUUCUAAAACACUGUUCUCAGACCUGCUGAAGAAAUCAUGACAUCACCUACUCUGGAAGCCCUCCCUUCAUCUCACCUCCUACCCUCCAUCCUUCCUUCCCUCCCUAUUCCCUCCUCCCAUUCUCCUUCUCUUGUCCAUAGCCACACUAACCGUCCGGUGCAGGUACAGACAGACAGACAGGAUAGUGUAUCCACACCGCACUAUGUUGCUGUCCUGUGUGCUCCUGGCUCUGGCCCUGCUUCCUCUACCUCCCCCAGUAAACUCCAGCGUGGACUCCUCCUUCAGGGAAUGCAGCCGGUUCCUGUACAGGGGCCUGGCCCCAAGGGGCCUCCAGGGGACUCAGGGCCUCCAGAAGGUUUGCCAGCAUUACGGGGACAAGGCGCGCUACGCCACCCUGUACGACCCAGCAGGCAGGAUCCCCCUCUUCUCCGCCUACACCUUUAAACGCUCCAAUGGUGAGAGCAGGGAAGGUCUGCCCUGGAUGUACGAACCACAGCUGUCCCGUGGCUCUGGGAUGGGUAACAUGCAGCCCUUCCCUGGUUCUCCCUCCAGCCUCCUGGCCCUAGAGGAGAGCCAGGCGGUGCUGGCCGACUACUCCGACGCAGUCGUCUACGAGCGUGGCCAACUGAACCCCGACCAGCACCAGGCCAGUCCUGGGGACAAGGCCUCGACCUACACCCUGACCAACGUGGUUCCCCAGGCUAAGGAGUUCCUCCACCACCACUGGCUACCCUACCUGGAGGGCAUCCGCAAACGCCUCAACAACUAUUGUCGUGGAACGGCUUACAUCAUCAGUGGCGUCACCACAACUGGGAACACCAUCCGGAGAGGUAACGUUAACCGGGUGGGGGUACCCAAACAUCUGUGGAUAGCCUACUGCUGUCCUGAUUUUGAUCUCAGUGCGCCGUAUGAGCUCCGGUACAAGUUCCCUACUUAUGCAGCCUACGGGCUUAAUGACGUGGUAGAUAACGCGGUCACGGAGACGUCGACGAAGAGCGUGGAGGCGUUGGUGAAUAGAGAGAUGGCUGUGGAUCAGGACUUUCAGCUGUUCAAUGGAAACUGUGUCCCUGAAGUGUGAACGGAUAUGAGAGUGAAUGUCAAGAGACAAUCUUUAAAAGAGAGAGAUCGAGGGAGAUGUUCCUGCCACUGAAAAUAUAAAUGAUAUGGUGAUAUUUAUGAAAUUACUAACCAAUAAAGCUAUCAUUAUACAUUUGUUUAAUUCAUUGUUU